AGUAAAACAGUCAGUCAGCAUCACGUGUUCGAACGUGGCGGACGUGUUCCUCGCUCGAGUGUGCCGAUACACACGCGCUCCCGACAGUCGUGCCGUGUUCUAUAAUGACAAUAGUGUAUCACAGUGCUCUCUAGUGGAUGUCGCUAUUAGUUUGUACGUCGCAUUUUGCAAUUACUAAACGCCAAACGAAAUGUCGUCGAGCAAAACGGGAUGAGAGGUAGAAAGGACUGCGAAACAAAACUAUAGCGACAUCUGCAACAUUCUGUCAUAGAGUUUGAAAACUUCAAAACAUAAAGAACACAUUGUGUAGUGUGUGUGCCAUGCUGACAAGUACUAGCUCGUGAGUGUGUGUGUGCGAUGGCGGGUGCGGUUCAGUACUUCGCCAUCUUGGUGUGUUGUUCGAUGGUUAUAGUGGCGUGGGGCCAUUACACGCCGACAUGGGCGGUUCACAUCCCGGCGGGGAAGGAGACAGCGGAUGCCGUUGCGAGGGACCACGGCUUCGUCAACCUUGGAGAGAUAUUCGAGCACCACUACCACUUCCACCACCACUCUGUGGCCAAGCGCUCGAUGACUCCCGCCCACGACCACCAUGGGCGGCUGGAGGUGGACGAGCGAGUGCGGUGGGCGAAGCAGCAGAAGGUUCUGUCGAGGAAGAAGCGGGAUUUUCAGACGAUACCCGACAGUACCAGUACAGCUGAAACAAAAUCCUCCGAGCCGCCCUCACUGAAGCGAGAGGCCGGCUCGAAGCGCGAGCCCCACUCCAGGGUGAAAGGCAGGCCUCGCGCCGCGGACUCCAAGUUCCAGUUAAACGAUCCAAAAUGGCCGCACAUGUGGUAUCUGAACCGAGGAGGGGGGUUGGACAUGAACGUGAUCCCGGCGUGGCGGGAAGGGAUCACCGGACGGGGGGUCGUGGUCACGAUCCUGGACGACGGGCUCGAGACCGACCAUCCAGAUUUAGUAGCAAAUUAUGACCCGAUGGCGUCGUACGACGUGAACUCGUACGACUCGGACCCGCAGCCGCGCUACGACAUGAUCGACUCCAAUCGCCACGGCACGCGGUGCGCGGGGGAGGUCGCCGCCACUGCCAACAACUCGCUGUGCGCCGUUGGUGUCGCCUUCCAAGCCAGUGUUGGAGGAGUACGUAUGCUGGACGGUGACGUCACAGACGCAGUAGAAGCGCGCUCCUUGAGCCUGAACCCUCAACACGUGGACAUCUACAGCGCCUCCUGGGGGCCUGAUGAUGAUGGAAAGACUGUGGACGGGCCUGGAGAACUGGCCACUAGAGCGUUCAUAGAAGGCGUUACUAAGGGUCGCAAUGGCAAAGGCUCCAUCUUCGUGUGGGCGUCAGGCAACGGGGGCAGGGAGCACGACAACUGCAACUGCGACGGCUACACCAACUCCAUCUGGACGCUGUCUAUAUCUUCUGCAACGGAACGCGGCGACGUGCCGUGGUACUCCGAGAUGUGUAGCUCCACCCUCGCCGCUACGUACAGUUCCGGUGGUACUAAUGAGAAACAGGUGGUGACAACAGAUUUGCACCAUGCAUGCACAACGGGACACACUGGGACGUCGGCGUCCGCGCCGCUCGCUGCCGGCAUAUGCGCAUUAGCCUUGCAAGCCAACCGGGAUCUUACGUGGAGAGACAUGCAGCAUAUUGUGGUUCGAACUUCAAGGCCUGAGCGUCUGAGCCUCGAUGGUGACUGGCGGGUGAACGGCGUGGGAAGGAACGUAUCGCACUCGUUUGGCUACGGACUUCUGGAUGCUACGGGUAUGGUGCGGCUCGCGCGGACGUGGCGUACCGUGCCGCCGCAGAGGCGAUGCGAACUGGCCGCUCCGAGGUCGCAGAGGGCUGUACCUCCACGAUCUUCUAUCACUUUGCAGCUGGAUGUGUCUACGUGUCCUGGAGUGAACUACCUAGAGCACAUCCAAGCGAGGGUGUCGUUGUCGGCAGCUCGUCGCGGAGAUCUGCGCAUUGCUCUCACUUCGCCUGCUGGUACCAGGGUCACGCUGCUUGCUCCACGACCGCACGACUCGUCCCGGGCGGGCUUCAACUCGUGGCCUUUCAUGUCGGUGCAUAUGUGGGGGGAAGGACCCCUCGGUAUUUGGCAGCUGGAGGUCUCUAACGAAGGGCGGUAUAUGGGUCGGGCGACAUUGCAAGACUGGUCGUUGACAUUAUACGGAACAAGUUCACCGGCUGCUAAAAACGACCCGAUACCGUUUAGAAGUCCAAUUAUACGAAAUAGGAGCAACGCUACUCGGCCCGUAGUCGUUCAGGCCGGGAGGAAAAAUAAUAGAGGAAAAGCCGUCCCCAUAGCGCCGACGUACACGGUCGGUUUAGUGAAAAGGAAAAAGAACAAGAACUCGAAGAAUCCCAAUAGGAAUUCGCAGAAAAAACAGGGUCGACCGGCGACGCGUUCGCCUGUAGAGAGCACGACGCGGGUGACAACCUCAACUACGCCGGAUUUGAGCCUUAAUUUGCGAGGGGAUUUGAAACACCCCCUGUCGGACGCCAGAGGGCGUAAGAUGUCCAGUUUGUUCGACCAGUACCCGAAAAUACAGCGGAUUUAUCCCGCGCCGCUGCAAGCCAACGCUGGUCCAUUGACGCAAUGGGAGCUGAUAUUCUAUGGCACGGAGACGCCUGCGCAGGAGUAUGACGUUUCCCCUGAAAGCAACUCGGUGGGAACUAGCGGCGCUACGUCGUGGAGUGUCAAUGUACACGACUCGCCUGAAGAAGUGAGACAGAACACUAUUGAAGAUGAUCUCGCUCUCGUCUGGCAUGAUUCUCAUGCGAUCCGGGAGGAGGGUCCAGCGGUGGAGGCGGGAGGGUACGCAGCCAGCGGUUGCGUGACCCACGGCGCGCAGCCGCCGCACCAGUGCCUAGAGUGCGCGAAGGGUAUGCAUUUGUACGACGGACGAUGCUACCAGCUUUGCCCAGGUGGGACCUACGCUAUCGAACGGAGCUCACGAAGGCGUAACUUAACAUUCUUGGAGACAGGUGACUCCUCGGUCGUUAUGAAGCGACAGGGUGACGUCGCUAAGCCAACUGCUACGGAGGCGUUCGAUAUGAUGAUUAAUGCCUCUAAGCCUCUGUAUUGCCUGCCUUGCCAUUACACCUGCGCAACUUGUUCAGGUCCACAGAACAGCCAGUGCUCUUCCUGUUUAGAUGACGCCCAACUUUUUAAUUUAACUGAUUUUGAACCUAAAUUCUACUGUUAUCCCAAUGCAGUGCUGCCCCAAAUUGAUAUGGCUAAUUGGCACUACAAAAUGAAUGUUAAAUUAGUUGUCGCGUUGGUUAUACUUGUCAGUUUUAUUGCUCUGUACCUAGUAUACUGUGCGCUAAAACGAUUAGGUAUUUGUUGUUCUGGUAACUACAAUGCCAAUUUGAAAACUGCAUACGAGUAUAACAAACUGGCGGUAGACGAGAAACACCAGAGCGCCAUAGAGAUUGAAGAAGAAAUUCACAAGGCACUUAAUAAAUAUUCAAGUGAAAGUGAAUCGGAUGACGAUACGAAUUUAUAGCGUCUCUUGACCUUCCGUCCUGAGUAUAACGAAUUGAUACACGAUAAGUAGCAAUAUUUUUUUAUACCAGAGCAGCUUUUAAUGUGAUAUGGUGCAAUUGGUUGUCACAAUUAGUUAUUAUCCUAAUUUUUAAUAAUAAAAGUUGUGAACAUAGCUUAGGAAACUAGCCACAAGUGAAAACAUGAUGCCUUUUAUAAAUUGUACAAUAAGUAUUUUUUAUAGUUUUGUAUUAAUUAGUCCAAAGACCUUGAAAAUUUCAUAUUUCGGUUCUCACAUCUUAAACAUUAUCUGUCCUUUUUCUUUCGGAAGGAAUUUUUCCUCUAUACUACUCAACUUGAACUAGAUUAGCUGUUAAAUAAGGUAAAUCUAAGGGUAUUUUUCAUCACAUUCCACGUAUUAUAGUUAUAGGUGUAAUUUAGUAAAUGAAAGUUUACUUACGUAAUAUUAAACCAAUAAUUAGACAAUAAAGAAACGAAAAUGAAAUGUCAGAAAAAGGCAAAGUAAACUCAAACGAGACUAUUGAUAUAAUUGAAUCUUGGAACAGAAUACAUAUUUGAUUAUAAUUGAGACGGUAUUUCUUAGAAUACACACAAUAGAUUCAAAUAAAAGGCAAACGAUAAGCGUGCAAAACUUUACAAUUAGUAGAGAUCUCCUGUUUUAAUAUUAACGAAUAUUAGACCAUAUCGUAUUAUUCGAUAUUGAUCGAUUCGUAUUAUCGAUUACCUCUUGAAAGGAUAUGAAUAUGCCAAGCGAUUCUAUCUUGACAAUAUAAUAGUUGUAUAAAAAGCUUUCGUCUACUUCUUUGCAGGUUUAUGAACUAUGGUAACAGGUAUAUUAUGCUAUGAUCUUGCGGAUAAUAUCUUACAUUUUCUAAAAGAAAAACAAGCUAUCGAUCAAAUUUAUUUUCUAAGUUGUGACUCAGUUUUUAUAUUUCCCCUACCUUAAAGGUAUUUUGUGAGUAGAUCACUAAGGUAUUUCCUUAAAUAAUAGGUUAUGUUUUUUUAUAUUCGUGGAUUUAUUUUAUAAGUUUCUUUUUUCUUUUACUUGUAAAACUUAUUUUCAAUUGUUUUUAUUUUACUUAACAUUUUUCUUAUAUUUAGUAUUUGAUAUACUUUGUCAAAUUAAUAAUAAAAUAAUGCAUAAUAUUUCGAUUUAGAUAUUUGCUCAAGUUGCCAUUUCGUUAGGUAGUAGAGCUUACGACGUGUAAAUAAUUAUUUGAACGUAUGUAAAUAAAUGAGUUCCUAUUUUAAUAA